ACACAAUAUUUUUUUAAAAAACUUUUCUAAGCAAAGUUAUUCCAAAAAUGCAAAAAUUAACUUCAUUAAUUUCGAAGUAGUGAUUUUUACGAAUAUUCUGUAUAAUUGGUUUAAUUUGCGUAUCACUGCUCCUACAUGGCCCACCAACCCAUCCGCCUUCACUACUUUACCAAGAAAGAUAAACCAACAGUUGUAACUUAAAGCUUCCAGAGAGUUUGGAGAGCGUGCCUGAGCUCAACAAUGGCAGGUAGAGGUGAAACAGUGAGCAACAAGCAUGUGUUAUUCAAGAACUAUGUGUCUGGUUUCCCCAAAGAAUCAGACAUGUAUGUUGCCACUACUACCACUGAACUCAAAGUACCAGAUGGUUGUAAUAAUGGGGUUCUUGUUAAGAAUCUCUAUCUUUCUUGUGACCCGUAUAUGAUAAUUUUGAUGAAGAAGUCCAUAGACCAAAGGACUUUCACUUCGUAUACCCCAGGCUCUCCAUUACGUGGGUAUGGAGUGGCGAAAGUGUUGGAUUCUAGGCACCCGGGCUUUAAAGAAGGCGACUUUGUUUGGGGGACAGUAGGCUGGGAAGAGUACAGCCUUAUCACUUCAUUCCAACCCUUCUUUAAAAUUCAGGAUACUGAUGUGCCCCUUUCAUACUAUACAGGAAUUCUUGGCAUGCCUGGUAUGACUGCUUAUUUUGGUUUCUAUCAAGUUUGUUCUCCAAAGAAAGGGGAGCACGUCUACAUUUCAGCAGCUUCUGGUGCUGUUGGUCAGCUUGUUGGGCAAUUUGCAAAGUUAAUGGGUUGUUAUGUUGUUGGAAGUGCCGGAAGUAAAGAAAAGGUUGAUUUAUUGAAGAACAAAUUUGGGUUUGACGAAGCUUUUAAUUACAAAGAGGAGCCUGACUUAAAUGCUGCUCUGGGAAGAUACUUCCCUGAAGGCAUUGACAUAUAUUUUGAAAAUGUUGGGGGCAAGAUGCUUGACGCCGUGCUUCCAAACAUGAGAUUUCGUGGCCGCAUUGCGGUAUGUGGAAUGAUCUCCCAAUACAAUCUUGACAAACCUGAAGGUGUAUUUAAUUUAAUGACUGUCGUUUACAAGCGGGUACGCAUAGAAGGAUUUGUGGUUACAGAUUAUUAUGAUCAAUAUCCCAAGUUCCUAGACUUUGUAUUGCCUUGCAUAAGAGAGGGAAAGAUAAAGUACAUGGAAGACAUUUCUGAAGGACUCGAGAAUGGCCCUGCAGCACUGGUAGGCCUUUUCAGUGGACAAAAUGUUGGGAAAAAGCUGGUUGUAGUUGCUCGUGAGUGACUGUAGCCCAUUGUAUCUUUUUCUUUGUUUCUAGCUUGGGACAAUGGCUGUUACCAUUUUAAAAGUCGAAGGUGGUUGUGCACGCAUUUUUUCUGUGUAAUGGCUGUGUUAAUAAUUCAAGCCUGGACAAAUUUGGUUUAAUGAUUUAUCCUUCUCUAA